GCCAACCUUGAAUCUCCAUAUGGGAAUUCUCUGUAUUCCCAAUUCAUCCUCAUGAGUCAUGUCUCCUUUCUCUCUUAAUCUCUCUCAGUCUCUCUCUUUAUUAUAUAUUCCAAAAGAAGCUCCAUAAACAAAACAAACCCUAAAGAAUUGUUUGAUUUCUUUUUGGUUUAAUGAGCAUGAAUUGCCUAACAUGCCAAGCCCUUCCAAGAACCCAAUCUGAUAGGGAGAAUCAUGGUUAUGAAACCUCCUCUAGUAGAGGCAAAUCAUGUUGCCUAUACGUUUCGCGGAGGUGGUCGGCCGAAUUGACUCCCCCAUCGUAUGAGUCGAUCAAAAACGACGACGAUAUUAGCUCUUCUCUACAAAAGAAGGCCAAGAAUCGUCGGGUGCAUAGCGAUUGCGGCAGGAACGAGCCGAGGUUGGUGAGGAGCUCGGGGAUGAGAAGGGAUUGGAGCUUUGAGGAUUUGGGAUUGAGAGAUCAAAAGAAAGUGAGAUUCCAUUGAGGUUCCGUUUUUGUUCAUCU